GUAGGAGUUGGGCCGAAUGAGCAUGAAUUGGCCUGACCCGAGCAAGUUGGGUGGAUAGUCCAAGUUUAAAUUCGAUUGUGAUUCCUGCAAAUUUCUUUACCUAUCCAAUUUGUUUCCAUAAUUCUCCCUUCGACGGCUUCGAUUGGGGUUACGUUCAACUUUCUUCAAUCUUAUACAGGAUCUGAUUAUAGGAGAUUUAAAUUAGGCGUAUUCGAGGAGCGGGUAAUUGAUUUGGCUGAUUUCAGCAUUCCGAAUCUGAAAAGAGAAUGGCGUUGAAGUUUCUGAACAAGAAAGGAUGGCAUACUGGAAGUUUGAGGAACAUCGAAAACGUGUGGAAAGCGGAACAAAAGCAUGAUGCUGAGCAGAAGAAAUUGGAAGAGCUUCGCAAGCAGAUUCAUGAGGAGAGGGAACGCUCUGAGUUUUGUCUUCUCCAGGAACAAGCUGGCCUUGUCCGUGCGAAGCAUGAGAGGUUGGAUUUCUUUUACGAUUCUGGCUUGCAGUUGGGUAGCGCCAGUAGCCCCGCAGCUGGAGGCAGCGGUGCAGGUUUUAAGGCUCUCCCGUCGUGUAAGGCUACGGAUUCUUCAGCCAACCAGUCUUCUACCCCGAGUGCCUUGUUCGAGCACAAACCUCACUCGGCCAAUGAUGCCUGGCGCAAGCUCCAUUCGGAUCCCUUGCUUAUGAUUCGCCAGCGCGAGCAAGAAGCCCUUGCCCGCAUCAAGAACAACCCCGUCCAAAUGGCAAUGAUUCGUAAAUCAGGUGGAAAGUAAUAAAACGUGCUAAAUCCGGCUCUCGAGCAAGAACUUGUAGAGUCCGUUGUUGAAGCCGAUUCUAGAAAGCAAGAGAGGCAGAGGAAAAUAGAAGAGAAAAAGGUCUACUUGUAAUUACAAGAGGCAAUGGAGGCUCUCCUUCACAUUUGCAAGGAUGGUUGUCGAACUAUCGGUCCUCGUGACAAAGUGCUGAAAGGAAACCAAGUUAACUGCAUUCCCGCAUCUGCAAUGAACCGGAUUCUUGCAAGGUUCCUCUUUGCAGGCAUUUUAAGGAGAAAAUUCAGCAGCAAUGAAAGAAAGACGAGACUAAGUGGAAACUAUUGGUUAGCAAAGUUAUUGAAGCAAAAAAUGCAGCUGGACCGUUCUCGGAGGUCGGGUUUAUUGUGAUAUCUUUAAUGUAAUAUAUGCAUAUGGCAUUACCAUGUAGUUUUAUCAGAAUGGUUAAUGCCUCGUAUCAAUAACAGAGGCUGAAAAUGGAACAGUUUAGCUUUCUUAAUUUAGAAUUGUCAAGAUCACCAUUAAUGUCUUGCACAUCAGAGUCUUUGUUUAUCCG